AUGACCAUUUCGAUUUUUAACACAAGCCAGGGGAAGAUAAAGAGGGGCUCAAGCUCGAUGCACGACGAGGCCAUGGCCACUGCAACAGAGACGGCCGCAGUGGCCAAGUGCAACACCAAUGCAUUCAGCACCACGGGAAACCGAGACAACACCUUCAUCAACCCUGUGCACAUUAAGGACAUUUUAAUGAAGACCAACAUCUUCAGGUGCGGAAGUGACAAAAAAUCGAGGCCCAUGCUUUAUAUAAAAAUACAGGAAAAAUUAAACAUGGAAGAAGACGAACUGUUCUUGCUGCUCGUUUAUCAUGUCGACAUGUGCAUGAACAGUAUUGAUUAUUCAAAAUGUUAUGAGGAAAAGGGAAAAGCAAAUGGUGGGGAGAGCAACACGGAGGGGAAAACCCAAUUCGACGAGUCCACUUUGCAGCUAGUAAUCAUUGUGGACUGCCAAAAAUUUGAAUUAAAUAAUAUGAUCAGCGUGGAUUGCAUUAAAAAAAUUAUUAACAUUUUUAACGAAUUUUACACGGAUGUUCUGUACAGAAUUUAUAUUAUAAAUGUCCCCACCUUUUUUAAAAAAGUUUGGUCCCUUUUUAAUAUGUUUAUCGAUAAUCACACAUUGAAGAAAAUUAUUUUUAUAAAUAAAAAAAACAUCAACUUGAUGUACGACCAUAUUGAUGCACACGUCAUGAAGCAUUUUGAUAAGAAUGCCGACAAAGACAAAACCAUUCCGGACGACUCCUCCAUUUUCUUCCCCUCCUUGUCUCUGUACUACAAGUACGACGAAAUGUAUUAUAAGAAGCUCGUUGGUUAUGUAGACACCUGGGUGGUUAAGAUGGUCCAGGCGAACCAUUGA